UGUUAGUCGCUACUUGACAUUGUCAGUGAAAUCCUAUGUUGGUCUAAAUUGAAUAUAUUUAUUGUAUUAAUUGUUUUUUCGAGCAUUUUUCUUAUUCUUCAACGUACUAAUAAUGUCUGAAGGCGAUCUGAGCCAUUUAAUUCCCACUCCUUUAAUAACCAAACGAACUCGAACGAAUUCGACAUGUGAAAGAAUCCUAAAAACUCACCACUUAUAUGGGAGCAUAAAACUGUUUUGCAGAGAAAAAGGGCAUGGCUUUAUUACACCGGAAAAUGGAGGAGAAGAUAUUUUCGUUCAUAUUUCAGACAUCGAAGAUGAAUACAUCCCGCUUCCAGGUGACCGGGUAAAGUACCAACUUUGCCCUAUACCGCCUAAAUUUGAGAAGUACCAAGCAGUUCAUGUUAAUAUUGUGGACUUGAAAAUUGGGUUACACAAGAAAUGGGAUACAAUCGGGGGGCAGCUUCAUUAAACCCUCAAGUAGUUUAAGUUUACUACUUGGAAUACUGGCAUUGUCAGCUUAAGUCGGAAUUAACAUUGUGGCAAUUAUUAUUUGCCUUUAAAGCUUUUGGGCAGUGAUUUUUUUCAUUUGGUUUGCUCUUCUCAUAUUUAUAUUACAUGUCAAUUAGAUCAGUUGAGACAAUUGGUAUCAGUAUUUAAAUUUUACAAUAAUGUAGUUUUAUUAUAUUUUUUUCGUGAAAUCAAUCACUCAUGCAUGUCUGUCGAAAAUGGGAUUCCACUUAACUCAAUAAGUUUAUAAAACGUUCAGUUGUACUCUAGAAUUUAAUUUCGGUGGGUAAAAGGUUUCUUAUUACAUUCAUCGUUAGUAUGAUUUAACAUACGAGUAUAUAGUAUACAUAUUUAGAGAUAGGUGGAUGUUAAAUGUUAGCGUAUUCUGUUAUUCUAUGUUAUGACGUUGCCAUAUGCCAUAGGAACAACAGUGAAUGUUUCUGUAAAAAUCCAUGUAUGUAUACUUAAUAAUGUCUAAUAAAGAAUACGUACAUUGCA